AUGCUCCGUCCGGGGGCCUCGGUGGUGCGCGGCACUAUGAGCAGACAGGCCUUGUGGACGAGGACGAGCGCUGCUGCUCCGGCUUGCGCUCUGUGCAGACAAUUGACCGUCAGUCGAUCUCCCUCGAGGAUACACAGCGCUUCGUUGCAUACUAGCCCUCGAAGGGACUCAGCCUGGGGUGCGGCUGUUCAAGUCGCUUCCAAUGUUGUAAGCAAUGUCGUCAAGAAGGCUUCCAAGGAUGCAAUGCAUGUCGAUCCUCUGCGGACCGUCGCCAAAGAGAUGAAGUUCCUCACGGGCAAUAUUCGAAAACUUCUUGGGUCGGGUCAUCCCUCGCUUGACCGUGCUGCCAAAUAUUAUACCCAGGCUGAGGGCAAGCAUGUCAGACCAUUGAUCGUUCUCCUCAUGAGCAGAGCUACAUAUCUCUGCCCAAAGAGUCCUCCUACGGCUCCUAUAGUUACUCACCGUGGCGUCGACACUUCGAUAUCGCCAGCUCAGAUCCUCGCCGAUGUGAACCCCUCUGCUCAGCCUCUAUCAUCCCUCGAACAAGAAGUCCCCGAUGCAAACUCCGAUAUUCUUCCCAGCCAGCGCCGACUUGCCGAGAUCACGGAGCUGAUCCACACGGCUUCUCUUCUUCACGACGACGUUAUCGACCACUCUAUUUCUCGACGUGGUUCGCCCUCGGCGAAUCUGGAGUUUGGCAACAAGAUGGCUGUUCUGGCGGGUGAUUUCCUACUAGGCAGGGCAUCCGUUGCGCUGGCCCGUCUCCGAAACCCAGAGGUUGUCGAGCUGUUGGCUACUGUUAUCGCUAACCUCGUGGAGGGCGAGUUCAUGCAGCUCAAGAACACGGAGCGGGACGAGAGGAAUCCCAAGUGGUCGGAGGAGACCGUCACAUACUACCUGCAAAAGACGUACCUCAAGACCGCAUCGCUUAUCUCAAAGUCUUGCCGAGCUGCCGCUUUGCUGGGUAACACGGAUGCCGUGACAGUCGACGCCGCUUACUCGUACGGACGAAACCUGGGACUGGCUUUCCAGUUGGUAGACGACCUUUUGGACUAUACACAGAGCGGAUCGGAUCUGGGUAAGCCUGCCGGGGCUGAUUUGGAGCUGGGUCUCGCAACGGCACCAUUGCUGUUUGCCUGGAAGCAGAUGCCGGAACUCGGAGCCCUCGUUGGCCGCAAGUUUGCCCAGGAGGGUGACGUACAAAGGGCACGUGAGUUGGUUCUUCAAAGCGACGGUAUUGAGCAGACGAGGGCUCUUGCGCAAGAAUACGUGGAUAAAGCAAUUGCCUCGAUUGCGGAAUUCCCCGAGAGUGAGGCUAAGGACGGAUUGAUUGAGAUGGCGCAUAAGUCGCUCAAGCGACAGAAGUAA